AGCGCGUUCGUUUUUGAGACGCAGCCCGAGAGUUGAUCCUCAUACGUAACUACCGCAAACACGCCAAAAACAUUAUUUAAAACCCUUACGUAAUUUCGCUUUUUGAUAACGUCUCCAAUGCGAUCUCUAGAUAAAGAUAAAAGUGAUUUCCUGCUAUUGUAUUUUGACGCGUUAAAACAGAUCCCUCCAUCCACACGAAAUACUUCCGGGUAUUUCACUAUACACUCCAGAUUUUGGCAUGAUUCGUUUUUAGAGUGAUUUUUUUUUUAAACUUUAUAACACCAAACGGCAUGUAGGUGAGCGUAUUUGUGGUCUUGUUUGGUACUUCCUUGAUACUUUGUCGCUGUGUUUUGAUUCAACCAGCUGUGAGCGCAUGAAUUUGGUUGACCAUGUCCAGAUGUUGAUUUCAAACAGUUUGAUAAUCCAUAGGAUUAAAUACCGCUGCCGCUAUGUUGCGUGAAGUACUGUAUGCUGCAUUAACGACGUCCUCCUCGCCAUGAAACGCGUCGUUUUCUUUCUGGCGUCUAUAUUCUUGACGGAGUGUUCAAAAAGACCCAUUAGAGAUGUCCUAGACGGCGAGCAUGAGCAGCUCAGCUCAAUGCUUUCAGACUUUGAUGUUCUUCAGCUGUCGAAUCUUCAACAACAUUCGGUUCGCAAGAGAGACGUCCAGUCGCACACACAUGCAGAGAGGCUUCUCAGUUUCACUGCAUUACAGAGGCAUUUCAAAUUGUAUCUGACAACCAACACUGAUCUUUUCACUCAUGACUUUAAUGCUGUGGUGGUUGGGGAAGAUGGCACUCAGGAAAUGUAUGAGGUCCAGAGGGAAAAUUUCUUCACCGGCCAUGUUGUUGGAGAGGUGAAUUCGCGAGUCCAAGCACAUAUUGGCAACAAUGACUUAACUGCCCGCAUUCUUACUGAUGAAGCUGAAUACACCAUUGAGCCACUGUGGAGGUUUAUUGAAGACCCUCGGGAUGGUCGGUUACUCGUAUAUCGCUCUGAGGACAUUAGAAAUGUGAGCCGGAUGGCAGCUCCCAAAGUUUGCGGCUACAUCAACACAGAUGCUAGUGAGAUACUGCCAGAGAGUGCGCAGGCUAGAGUACUAGAAGAAGAUGAUGAGGAGAAGGAUGGGCAUCUGAGAGAAAAGAGGCAAACCUUGGACCACAGUAAGAACACCUGCCCCCUGCUGCUUGUGGCUGACUACCGCUUUUUUAGACACAUUGGCCGUAAGGAGGAGAGCACCACCUUAAACUACCUGAUUGAGCUGAUUGAUCGCGUGGAUGACAUUUACCGGAAUACAUCAUGGGAUGAGGAAUAUAAAGGUUAUGGAGUUCAGAUUCAGCAGAUCAUAAUUAAUAAGACACCCACACAAGUAGAGCCAGGAGGCGCCCACUUCAAUAUGAAAGGGACCCCGGUGAAGAACAAAGAUGUCUGGGAUGUCAAGAGGCUGCUGGAGCAAUUUAGUAUUGACAUUGCAGACAAUGCAUCAAAGGUGUGCUUGGCUCAUCUGUUCACAUAUCAGGAUUUUGAUGAAGGCACAUUAGGCUUGGCUUAUGUGGCCCCAUCCAAACCAGGCUUUCCUGGAGGGCUUUGCUCUGAAAAGUGUCCUCCAUCAGGAACUAACAGUCGUGCUAUAUACCUUAACACUGGUCUAACCAGCACCAAAAAUUAUGGAAAAACCAUUCUUACUAAGGAAGCAGACUUGGUUACCACCCAUGAGCUUGGCCACAAUUUUGGUGCCGUGCAUGAUCCAGAUGACGUACCGUACUGUGCACCCAGAGAGGACCAGGGGGGGAAAUAUGUAAUGUACCCUAUUGCAGUGAGUGGUGACCACUCCAACAAUAAACUGUUUUCCAACUGUAGUAAGAUCUCCAUAGCAAAGAGACUGAGAUCCAAAGCCUCCACCUGCUUCAGAGAGAGGAACAGCAAUGUGUGUGGAAAUUCACGGGUGGAGGAAGGGGAGGAGUGUGAUCCUGGACUGCUCCACCUCAACAAUAACCGCUGCUGCACCGCUAACUGCAAACUGCGGCCCAAUGUGGAGUGCAGUGACAGGAACAGUGCAUGCUGCAAAGACUGCAUGUUUGAGAAGCAUGGCAAGGUGUGUCAGGAGCCAAUGGAUGCCACCUGCAAGGGCAGGUCUUACUGCACAGGAAAAAGCAGUCAGUGCCCUCCUCCAGAGAACCUUUCCGAUAAGACCAUCUGUGUGGACAACGGGCGGUGUCUGAAUGGAGAUUGCAUCCCUUUCUGUGAGGCUGUUAAGAACCUGCAGUCGUGUGCUUGCAAUGAAACAAACAACUCUUGUAAGGUGUGCUGCAGGGGUAAGAGUGGGGUGUGCUCUCCCUAUGUUAAUGACAAGGGCAACCCUCUUUUUCUGCGGAAAGGCAAACCCUGUACAGUGGGCUUUUGUGAUGGAGCAGGCAAAUGCAUGAAACAGGUCCAGGAUUUUAUAGAGAGGUUGUGGGAUUUCAUUGAGAAGCUUGACAUCAAUACUUUUUGGAAAUUCUUGGCAGAUAACAUUGUUGGCUCAGUGGUGGUCUUCUCCCUGCUCUUCUGGAUCCCUCUCAGCAUUCUGGUCCACUAUGUGGAUAAAAAACUUGACCAGCAGUAUGAGCUGAAUACCAAGUCACUCUUCUACCCCAGUAAUGCAGAGCUGCUGAGCAGUCUAGAAUCCGCUUCGGUGCGGAUCUUUAAACCAGUAUCCUCAUCUGGCAUGUCUGCUGUGCCACGCUUCCAGGCGUCUAGUCCCCUGCAGACCAGCAUGCCACCUGUCUCCCUUUCCCAGGUGGCUCCAGCCCCAGCUCCGUGUCCUCUGCCCACCAUGGAGCCCCCACGCAUGGCCACAAUUCAAGAAGACCUCAGCUACGAUUCCCACCUGGAUGAACAUGCCCUGGGAGAAGACUUCCCUAAUACUGGUUCUGCGUCACAUUCCUUUGAUGAUCUGACGGAGAACCGAGAGAACGUCAUGUCCUUCAGGACAAAGAGGCAUGCACAGAAUAACAGCAAAGAGACAGAAUGUUGAAUGCAUGAUUGUAUAAAAUGCGAUAGAAUGAAAUUAAUGGGAAAUCUGAGUAUGGCUGAAUGAUAGAGGGAGUAUAUUAUUGGGAAUACUUAAAGCUAAGCAUUGGGAUGUAAUAAUAUAUUCUUACAGUUCCAGUAUUGCAGUAUGUUUAAAGAGUGCUGGACUUUUAUUAAUGGAAUAAUUCACCCAAAAAUGAAAAUUUAGCUGAUAAUUUACUCACCCUCAGGCCAUCCAAGUUGCGUAUGACCUCCUUUCUUCAUCAGAACAGGAUUUAGGAUUUUUAGGAAUGUAAUUAUCUAAUGUAAAUGAAAAGUGUACUUUUUGGACCAUCAAAAAUUGGUGUUCAUUCAUUUGCAUUGGAUGAAGCUAAAAACCUGGGAUUCUUUCCUACCUUAUAUCCUGUUCUGAUGAAGAAAGAAAGCCAUAUACUUCUUGGAUGGCCUGAGGGUGAGUAAAUUAUCAGGAAUUUUCAUUUUUGGGUGCACUAAUCCUCUAAGGGACAAAAGGCACAAAUUAUUCAGUGACCAGGCAUUAGAUGGGAAUUAAUCCUGUUUCGCACACACUGGAUCUGAACAAGGUUAUAAACACGUGACCAGUUUCAUAGUUAAAGGAAUAGUUCACCCAAAACUGAAAAUCUAAGAUGUGCAUGACCUACUUUGUUCUGCUGAACACAAAAAAGAUUUUUAGGAGAAUAUCUCUGCUCUGUAGGUCCAUACAAUGCAACUGAAUGGUGAUCAGGCCUUUGAAGCUCCAAAAAGAAGAUAAAGUCAGUUUAAAAGUAAUCCAUGUCUUCUGAAGCAAUCCAGUUGGUUUUUGGUGAGAACGGACUAAAAUCAAAAAUGUUGUGUCUUGGUACAAUCAUGAUUUAAAGCUCGACUACACUUCCUAGUUCUUGACGCACGUGCAGAGUGCUAAAUGGCUAAAGGAAGUGUAAUCGAGCUUGAAAACAUGGUCAUCAAAUAGACAGCAAUGUUGACAUGUUUUGGUCUGUUCUAACCCAAAAUCAACUGAGCCAAUUCAGAAGACAUGGAUUAAACCACUGGAGUUUUAUGGAUUACUUUAUCUGGCUUUAUGUCCUUUUGGAGCUUCAAAGGUCUGAUCACCAUUCACUUGCAUUUGAAAAAUCUCCAUUUGUGUUCUGCAGAAUAAAGAAAGUCAUACACAUCUGGGAUGGCAUGAGGGUGUGUAAAUGAGUGUUAAUUUUUGGGUGAACUAACAAGUUAAAGGCUUUACACGCUAAUACAGUGUUUACAGGUCUGAGGGAUUUCGCAGAGGAUUUUCGCAUGCUAGUAGAUCUUGAGACCCGUUAUUUUAUGAAUAUACCCAUAAUGUUUUCAGAUACUAAGUUUUACAUGUAUGUGCUCUGACAUUCACUAGCAAAUUACAUUUUGUAACCUCUAUAGGCCUGGUGCUUUCAUUUUUUUUUAUUCUUUGCAAAAGACAAUCAUAUUCCAUUUUUAGGGGUAUUUGAUAUUUUCAGAUUUUGGCACUGAAUUACUUGUUUAGUUUAAUGUGUAAAGAUUGCUUUUUUGUACUGUGCUUAAAUGUCAACAAGUUGCAGUACUGUUACUUAUACAUAAUACAGCAGACAUGUUUUCACAUUGGCUUUAUAUGAAACUAAAGUCAUUGUAUACUUAAAAAGACAGAUAAUUAGCUUUAUUUCUCCAAGCCAUUAUACUUGUUCUGCAUCACAAUAUGCAAGAAUAUGCAUCUUGCAGCUGCUCUUAAAAGAAUGUGUAUUGAUAUUGAACAGUAUCUAAAGUGCCUUGUAUUUUUUUUCCGUUUGUGUCUUAGAAAUAUUUACUCCAUAUGUUUUGUGUAACAUUUAUGUAAGACUCAGUGUAAUUUGUAGGUGGCUGUAACCACCUUUGAAUCUUAUUCAAAAUAUGAGUUCAGCGGGCUGUUUGUUCAGUGUAUGAAAUUGUGUUACCAAGUGUAUUAGUGUAAUUUUCUAUCAAAAGUACUCUAAUUAGUACAAACAUGCAAUGUGGAAUCCCGAUUCUUGGUGUCGAUUAAAGGGAUCGUUAUGUCAUCAUUUACUCAUCUUAAUGCUGUUACAAUACUUUUUUCUUCCAUGGAACACUAAAGGAGAUGUUGACAGCCACUAUUCACUUUCCAUUUAAGUUAAAAUUACAAAAAGAUGCAAUGAAAGUGAAUAAUGACUGGGGCUCAUGUCAUAUGGGCUUGGAACCGCAUGAGGGUGAAUAAAUGACAGAAUUGAAAUUUGUAUUUGAACUGUCCUUGCUUUGGUUCCUAAACAAUGCAUGGAACAUUAAAACUGUGUUUUGUAUAACAAUGUAUAGUUUUCAUUUUUAAAUAAAAAUGUUGCCCUUUA